AUGUCUUCAGACCGUCGUCACCCCGCUUCCCUCCUCCCCCGCUCCCAGCACGACCCUGCCGUUGUGGACCUCAUGCGCCAGCCCGUCUCGUUCGACAUGAUAGGCUACAUCGCGCAGGUCUGCAAGCAGGUCAUCAGUGUCGCUGACGAGCCUCCGACCUUCAAGGAGUCGCAAGAGGAAGCCCCCUCAACACCGGUGAUGCCGUCGCUCGAGGAGUUCAUCAUCCGCCUUGUGCAGUCGUCAAAUGUUCAAACCCCGACGCUCCUGACGGUCCUGAUCUACCUUAACCGCCUGCGCUCCAAGCUGCCGACGAUGGCCAAGGGUAUGGCGUGCACGCGACACCGGGUCUUCCUGGCGACUCUCAUUGUGGCCGCCAAGUAUCUCAAUGACUCUUCGCCGAAGAACAAGCACUGGACUAUCUAUGCUAACAUCUUCGACAUCGCCGAGGUCAAUCUCAUGGAACGCCAGCUGCUCUUCCUCUUGGACUACGACCUCCGCUUCGACGAGGCCGAGGCUAGCAAGACCUACGCCAUCUUCAUGCCUCCC